AUGGUUGUUGGUCGGCUUGCAAGUAUUACACCAGCAGAAGGAGAGCGAUUCUUCUUGAGACUACUGCUAAUUAAUGUACGAAAUCCUAAAUCAUUCACUGAUCUUCGAACUGUUAAUGGAGUACUUUGUGCCACUUUUCAGGAAGAAGCUAUUAAAAGAGGUUUAUGUGAUGAAGACAAUGUAGUACACGCAUGUUUGGCUGAAGCAGCAGAAAUUCAAUUGUCUGUUGCCUUACGCCGCCUAUUUGCAGCUGUUGCUAACCAUACAGUCAAUAGAACGCCAUUUAGAGUCUAUAGGAAAUCAUUGGCUUAUUUCCAACUUGACCACUUACAUGAAGAGGUGCCAGAAGAGCUCAACAGAACUAAAGACAUCGUUGAUGCUUUAGAUGCACCUAUUCCUCAAGAAAUUAUUGCUCAGGUUCAAUCAGACAAGCCUGGUUGCUUCUUUAUUGAUGGUCCUGGAGGAACUGACAAAACAUUUUUGUACAACGCUCUAUAUGCUGAAGUACGCAUGGAAGGGAAGAUUGUUCUUCCAACAGCAACAUCGGGCAUUGCUACAACAAACAUACCUUCUAGGAGGACAGUGCACUCAAGGUUUAAGAUUCCUCUGGAUUCAGAAACAUCUCUUGCUUGUGACCUUCCUAAAGAAGGCAGCUUAGCUGCUUUAAUCAAACAAACAACUCUGAUAAUUGGGGAUGAAGCUUCAAUGGCCAAAAUAGAAAACGUUCCUGCUCACAUUGUGAGUUAUUAUCAAGAAGGCAAUGAUCCUAUCAGUUACCUUUCUGCUACUGCAUUCCUAGAGUUAGAACAUGCAGCCUUCUCACCAAAUAUCACAGAGAGUGUCAUUCUCACAUCGUUAAAUGAUGCAGUUGACUCCAUCAACGCAUUUCUUAUAAAUAAAUUCCCAGCGAAUUAUGUUGUUUACAAGAGUUUUGAUAGCAUGCUAGAUGAUAAAUGUGCAAUUUACCCAAUAGAGUUCCUAAACCAGCUUGCCCCUGGUGGUAUGACUCCACAUGAACUUGUUCUAAAAAUAAACAGCCCUGUAAUAUUGCUCAGGAACAUUGAUCCAGCAGAUGUCCUGUGCAAUGGGAUGCGUCUUAUAUACAAAUCUUUAAGAAGGAAUGUGAUUGUUUGUUCUAUAGCCACUAGUCAUCGCCAAGGAGAACUUGUAUUCGUUCAUCGUGUUAAUAUCCGGCUUCCAUCAUCAACAAAAUAUUCUAUUCAGUUUGAGCGGAUAUAA